UCAGCCUCAGGUGUUUUGGCUAACUGCAGGAGUGAGCCUCUGGUUGCUGAGAGCACCCACUGGCCAGUCCUGGUACUGCACCCCACAAAGCAGGUGAGUCCCACCACUAUUGGCGAGUCUAUUCCUGACAGUACCCCCCCCUCAAGGAGCGGCCUCAGGACGCUCCAAACCAUCCUAAAUGGGCAAAAUGUUCCACCGCCUGGAUCCGGUAAUUGGCGGGAUAUCAAGGACUGGCACAUCAGGCUGGGCACCGGACAGAGGCACAUCAGGCUGGGCACCGGACAGAGGCACAUCAUGCUGGGCACCGGACAGAGGCACAUCAUGCUGGGCACCGGACAGAGGCACAUCAGGCUGGGCACUGGGCCACCAGGUGGAGCAGCGGGAACCGGUCAACAAGGGGAGAAGCGGGCAACGGGCCACCAGGCGGAGCAGCGGGCACCGGCCACCAAGCGGAGCAGCGGCCACCAGGCCAUCUGGCAAGACAGCGGGCUCUGAGUC